GGCGCUGGGACCACUGGGAUGCGCCUGCGCACAGCCGGCAUGGUGGCCGAUCCCCGGUUGAGCGCGUCUGCGCGUUAGUGGCCUGAAGUGGAAAGGCGGUUUGAGUGGGGCAGAGCUCGGGCCUAGCGCCGUCACCCGGGCAACCGGCCUCACCGCCACCCGGCGACAUCUGAAACAUAGCAGUUCCUCAGCGGCCGUCAGGAUGGCGGCUUCGGGGGCAACGAAAAUCACCUGGAAACUGCAGGAGUUUGUCGCUCAUGCUGGUAAUGUAACCUGUUUGGUACUGGGGAAGAAUUCAGGCAGGCUAUUGGCUACUGGUGGAGAGGACUGUCGAGUCAAUUUGUGGUCGGUCAGCAAACCUAACUGUAUUAUGAGUCUUACAGGCCACAACACGCCAGUCGAGUGUAUUCAAUUUAAAGAUUCUGAGGAGUUGGUUGUUGCAGGCUCACAAUCCGGAUCACUAAGAAUAUGGGAUUUGGAAGCAGCAAAGAUUCUUAGGACACUGUCGGGACACAAAGCGAACAUCUGCAGUUUAGACUUUCAUCCUUUUGGGGAGUUUGUGGCCUCUGGUUCUAUGGACACCAAUGUAAAGUUGUGGGACAUUCGAAGAAAAGGUUGUGUAAUGACCUACAAGGGUCACACAAAUGCUGUGCGUUGUUUAAGAUUCAGCCCUGAUGGGCGUUGGAUUGCGUCUGCGGGGGAUGAUAACACGGUCAAGCUGUGGGAUUUGUCAGCGGCAAAAAUUCUAACAGAGUUCACAGAUCACACUGGACCUGUAAACAUUGUGGAGUUCCACCCCAAUGAAUAUCUGCUGGCUUCAGGAAGCUCAGACAGAACGAUAAAGUUUUGGGAUCUAGAAAAGUUUAAAAUGGUGAGCUGCACGGAAGUGGAGAGCACUCCUGUCAGGUGCAUCUUAUUCAACCCAGAUGGGUGUUGUCUCUAUAGUGGUUCUCAUGAUUCUAUGCAUGUUUAUGGCUGGGAACCUCCCCGCUGUUUUGAUGUACUGCAAGUUAACUGGGGUAGAACAGCAGACCUUGCCAUCUGUUCCAAUCAAUUGAUUGGAGCUUCAUUCAGUCAGGUGACGGUCUCGACAUUUGUAGUGGAUCUGAAUCGUGUGAAGAAGACUGGUUCUAUUGUCCAAGGUGUAGUUGAGGAUGAAAAACUGUACAAUCUACCGGUGACAAAAGGAGCAGUGCUCAGACGCAACUAUGAGAGACCACUAACUACCUGCAGUAGGCCACAAAGUAAAGUAAAAGAGGAGCCAGAGAGUGAAGGGCGCAUUCCAAGUGGGGAAGAAGAGAAGGAUGACAAAGAAUCAACAGCAGAAAUUCGAAAUCCAGAGGAAUACAAGGAGAUCUUUCAACCACAAAAUGCCAUUGCCCGGACUCCACCUCGGAGGACUGAUCCCUUUCCUGCACCUCCAGAAGAUGAUACUGUUGCAGUGAAAGAAGCUGAGAAAGUGAUUGCUCCAACAGAAGUGCAUUCUCCUGUGCUGCAAAGAAUGCAGUUUAGAACACCUGUGCCAAAACCUAACAACAGUAAAGGAUAUAUUCCCACAUUUGCCAAGGCAGAACAGCUGAACUUUUCCCCAACAGUGGCCUCCACUCCCAUCAAUCAGCCUGAAGCACCGAUAAUCCCAAUUGCUAAAAAUGAGCCCAUUGGAUUGAAGGUGGCAGACUUUCUCCCACCUCAGAAUAAUAAACUGGCUGAUUUGAGUGAUGAAGAUGCUGUGAGCCAAAUCCGGAAAGGGCAUGACACUAUGUGCGUGGUAUUAACAAGUCGAUUUAAGAACCUAGACACUGUGAGAGCUGUGUGGACCACUGGUGAUGUCAAGACCUCCAUAGACUCAGCAGUGACCAUGAAUGACUUGGCAGUUAUUGUGGACAUCCUGAACAUUAUAAAUCUCAAACCAGCGUUGUGGAAACUGGACCUGUGCCCUUCAAUCAUUCCUCAGAUUGACAAACUGUUGCAAAGCAAAUAUGAGAGCUAUGUGCAGACUGGUUAUACUUCCCUUAAAUUGAUCCUGCAGCGAUUUGGACCCUUAAUGGCAGACAAUCUAGUGACACCACCUUCUAUUGGGGUUGACAUAACACGUGAAGAAAGGCAUCAGAAAUGUAAGCUGUGUUAUAAGCAGUUAAAAAACUUGCUCCCAAUUCUUCAAAGUAAAGCAGGACUGCCUGGCCGUCAAGGCAGUGCUUUUCGUGAACUGCAACUUCUGAUGGCAGCUUUUGAAUGACCAGGUUCUUCAUUGACUUAUUAUUGAGCUGUUGCUCUUGGGAUUGUCUUUCUCUGAUGGAUUGACAUCCUAUUGCAGAUGCUGCCAACAAAAGAUCCGAAGUCCAAGUUGUCUGCAAAUGGAUUUUAUUUAAGUUUACUGAAGUUUAGAAUUUUGAACAUGAGUCAGCCAAGGUGCAUCUUGACGUUUUUGUUGUAAUGCUGCAGGGAUUAGUUCCUCCCUCUCAGUAUUUAUGACAGAAGAGCAAAGGAAACUGAUGAUUCCUUCAAUUACCUGCCUGUUAAUCAACAGUGUGAUGUCAGGAAUAGAGAUUCAAAUGACACAUUUUUCCUGGUUAACUUGCUAUAGUUAUCUUUGUUUUCCAUUUAUACAUAGAUUGGCUUUCACUUCAACCUCAUUGACCCUACUUUCAGUAUUUCAUAGGCAGUACUGACUACUGUGAAGUCAGUAGCUCUGGUGCAAUCCAAAGGCAAAAUAUCAGCAGUAACCUGUUUCCUGGGUGACUACGUGUGCCUUUUGGUUUAAAUAUAAAUCACAAUAUAUUGGAUUUUCACCUUGAGCUUGUAGUAAGUGUGAAGCAGGAUCUACCAUUAAGACUUUUUUUGUUCUUUCUGAUGCAGUGGACUUCUAUGUAACAUCUCAUCUUGUAUUUAAGUUACUUCAUAAAUGCUGUGAACUAUUCACUGUACUAGUUCAGCAGGUUGAAAUUACCACAGUCACCUGGAAAUUUUAAGACAGUUAUUCUUUGUAAAUUGUUAUUCUUGCUAUUUGAGGAUUGCUCAUUUUACCUCUUCUGCAUGGGUGAUCAAUACCAGUAGUAGAUCCCUUCUUAAUUUUUUUUCUUUGGUGGAAACCUUUUCCUCAAUUUUAAUAAACAAUCCCCACCUCGAACCAACCAUGCCUGAUUUGCUUUAACCAAAAUUUGGCCCCCAAAACUGGUUUACAGAAAAGCCUGCCUUCUGUGGUCAGCUCAUUAAAGUAUGCGGUGAAAUUUUUGGAGGUGGGGAGUGCACUUGGACAGGCAUAUUGUAACAAGUUACUUUAGUAACCUGCUUGUGAGUGCAACUGUAUGAGAAUAUGCCUUCUGAAUAUCCAAUUACUCACCAGUUAUUGGUACAUUUUUGGAAUGUGCAAUAUUGUUCUCAUGUUGCACUUCCAAUGUCAAUUGAGCAUCAUUAUUUGACAAAGUUCAUGUUGUGCUACCUGUCCAUGCUAUGUAUAGAAUAAAACAGCAUCUAUGUACGUUUUUUAAAAAACUUCAAUAAUAAAGUGAUUUGAAAAGCUCAAA